AUGGCCCCUGCUGGAAAGGAUUAUAUACCCCCUGAGCGCCCGGCCUCCCCAGGUCCUUUGGCUGCGGAUUUCUUUCAACAGCAACUUGCGAAACAACGCAACAAUAACUACCAUUCCACUUCACUCAGAAACAUGGUUGCCGCAUCUGUGAAUCGCACUGCGCUGCACCCUGGCGGUGUCCUGCCUGUCAAGAGUCACACCGAGCUGGAGGAGGAGCUCCACGAGACUGCGCACAUUGACUAUGACCGGGUCGCUAUUAUUGCCAACCCCUCUGUCCCUGCCCUCUAUGAGGAUGCCCUCGUCUACGAGACCGGCACUGCCAUCACUUCCAGCGGUGCUCUGAGCGCUUACUCGGGCGCGAAGACUGGCCGUUCCCCCUCCGACAAGCGUAUUGUCAAGGAGGAGUCCUCCGAAGACCAGAUCUGGUGGGGACCCGUCAACAAGCCCAUGACUCCUGAUGUCUGGCGCAUCAACCGUGAGCGUGCUGUCGACUACCUGAACACCCGUAACCGCAUCUAUGUCAUCGAUGGCUAUGCCGGCUGGGACGAGCGCUACCGCAUCAGCGUUCGCGUUGUCUGCGCUCGCGCCUACCACGCCCUGUUCAUGCGCAACAUGCUGAUCCGCCCUACUCGGGAGGAGCUCGAGCACUUCCACCCCGACUAUGUCAUCUACAACGCUGGUUCGUUCCCCGCCAACCGCUUCACUGAGGGUAUGACCUCCGCCACCUCCGUGGCCAUCAACUUCGCCGAGAAGGAGAUGAUCAUCCUGGGUACUGAGUACGCCGGCGAGAUGAAGAAGGGUGUCUUCACCGUCCUCUUCUACGAGAUGCCCGUCAAGCACAACGUCCUGACCCUUCACUCUUCGGCCAACGAGGGUGAGAAGGGCGAUGUCACCGUCUUCUUCGGUCUGUCCGGUACCGGCAAGACCACCCUGUCCGCCGACCCCAAGCGUAAGCUGAUCGGUGACGAUGAGCACUGCUGGACCGACAAGGGUGUCUUCAACAUCGAGGGUGGCUGCUACGCCAAGUGCAUUGGUCUCUCCGCCGAGAAGGAGCCCGAUAUUUUCAACGCCAUCCGUUUCGGCUCCGUCCUCGAGAACGUUGUGUUCGACCCUAUCUCCCGUGUUGUCGACUACGAUGACUGCUCCCUCACCGAGAACACCCGCUGCGCCUACCCCAUCGAGUACAUCGAGAACGCCAAGAUUCCCUGCGUGAGCGACAACCACCCCACCAACAUCAUUCUGCUCACCUGCGACGCCCGUGGUGUCCUGCCCCCCAUCUCCAAGCUCACUCCCGAGCAGACCAUGUUCCACUUCAUUUCGGGUUACACCUCCAAGAUGGCUGGUACCGAGGACGGUGUCACCGAGCCCCAGGCCACCUUCUCCUCUUGCUUUGCCCAGCCCUUCCUGGCCCUGCACCCCAUGCGCUACGCCUCCAUGCUCGCCGAGAAGAUCAAGGAGCACAAGGCCAACGCCUGGCUGCUCAACACCGGUUGGGUCGGCGCCGGUGCUACCACCGGCGGCAAGCGCUGCCCUCUCAAGUACACCCGUGCUAUCCUGGACGCCAUCCACUCUGGCGAACUCGCCAACGCCGAGUACGAGAUCUACGAUGUCUUCAACCUGCCCGUCCCCAAGGCCUGCCCCGGUGUCCCCAACGAGCUCCUCAACCCCAAGAACAGCUGGACCGCUUCCACCUCCUUCUCUGACGAGGUCAACAAGCUGGGCAACCUCUUCAACGAGAACUUCAAGAAGUACUCUGACGAGGCCACCCCCGAGGUUCUGGCGGCCGCUCCCCAAACCAAGCAGUAG